ACUUACCAUGCCAAGGAACAGCAUGUGCACAUUAUCAUAACUCACAAAGCCUCUCUGUCAUCUACGCAGAGAUUCUUUCUCUCUCAAACACUCAUAAACACAUUAAUUAUCCGCUAGAGUUUGACUUUUUUUCCCGGAGGAAACAUGGCGUCGAACCAUGAGUUUCUUGCUCGGUUCGUCGAGGAGACAACGUUUUACAACCGAAUAGUUCUGAGCCACCUUUUGCCGGCGAAUCUAUGGGAGCCUUUGCCACAUUUCCUCCAAACAUGGCUCCGGAACUACCUAGCCGGAAACUUACUUUACUUCAUCUCCGGCUUCCUCUGGUGCUUCUACAUCUAUUACCUUAAACUCAACGUUUACGUCCCUCAAGAUUCUGUUCCUACAAGAAAGGCAAUGAUUCUACAAAUAUAUGUGGCAAUGAAGGCUAUGCCUUGGUCCACACUUGUUCCAACUGUCUCUGAGUAUAUAAUCGAGCGUGGUUGGACCAAAUGUUACUCUACACUUGAUCAGUUCAACUGGUGCCUCUGUUUGGUUUACAUCGCGUUUUAUCUUGUUUUAGUUGAGUUUAUGAUUUAUUGGGUUCACAAAAUGACUCAUGACAAUAAAUUUCUCUAUAAGCAUCUCCAUGCAACCCACCAUAUGUACAACAAGCAAAACACACUCUCUCCAUUUGCUGGGCUUGCGUUCCAUCCAUUGGAUGGGAUACUUCAGGCAGUACCGCAUGUGAUAGCUCUGUUCAUAGUGCCGAUACAUCUCAUAACACAUUUGAGUCUUUUUAUUAUGGAAGGGAUAUGGACAGUGAGCAACCAUGAUUGCAUCAAUGGUAACAUAUGGCCUAUAAUGGGUGCAGGACACCAUACCAUACACCAUACAACAUACAAGCAUAACUAUGGCCAUUAUACCAUAUGCAUGGAUUGGCUGUUUGGCUCACUUAAGGUCCCUUUAGCUGAAGACGACAGCUUUAAUGAGAAAGAAAAGUGAUAUGUUCAACGUACACAUUUUUUUUGUUGUCCUUCAUGUGUUUUUCUACU